AUGAAUGAGAACAAAUCGUUUUCUGAGAAGGAGAUGUUGAUUGUGAUAAAAGAACUAUUGAAAAGGGAUGGAUACUUGAAUAAACUGUCAGCCGAGGUACGAGCAAAAGUCACUGAACUUCUACAAGAGAGACAAAACAGUACACAGAAAAAUCCACCCCCCGUCCCGAAUGAAGAAGUCUCAUUGAUCAACCAUUUAGUCUUAGAGUAUUUGGAGUGGAACGGAUAUUUAUACACUGCGGCUGUCAUGGCUUCGGAAGCCAAUACUGUAGAGAAGAGGACCAGAGCAGACCUGUGUGCAGAAGUCGGGGUCAAGGAUGACGAGAAGUCCUCCACCUUGCCCCUGCUAUCGAAUGUCGUGACAGCAUACACGGACAGGAUUAAGAGGAAAAUAAAUAAAUGCAAGAAGGCCUAUUAA